AUGGAGGGUUCCGGAGAGUGGGAAGCUCAGGUGAACCACCUUUGGGCCUUGGCAGCCUGCUUGGUGGCAGGAUGCCUCUACUUGUUUGUCAACUGGAAAGUGGAGGCCAAGGAGUGGGGAAGCGCGAUGGAUGGCAUCACCUUCCGACUGGCCCUGAGUGCAUUGGUGCAGCUGGAGCAGUCCCAAUACCAGCAUGUGAAUUGGCGGCCCCAAGUCUUGAUCAUCUACAGCAUCCCGAACACCGAGGAGGGAACCCGAUGCCAUGAAGGGAACCUACGAUUCGCCUCACAGCUUCGCAAGGGAAAAGGCUUCUGCAUGGUGGCCUGUGUCUUAGAGUCGAGUGUCCGCGAUACGAAGGCGCAGCUCCAGGCGGCCAAGGAGAAGCAAGUCAUCAAGGAUCUCAUGGCCAAGGAGGGCAUCGAGGGCUUCGCUGAAGUGGUCGUCGCUCCGAACAUGGCCGAAGGUGCACAUUACAUCAUCCAGCUCACCGGUAUCGGAGGACUGGUGCCGAACACGGUGAUGCUUGACUGGCCCGAGGACCGAGCCGACACGACGAGCCAAGACUUUGUAGAAAUCCUCAGCCACGCGUACUCCGCGGACAAGGCGGUCAUUGCUGUCAAGGGCUUGAAGGACAUGCCCCUGGAGGAAGUGAAAGGCCCACGCAGCACCAUCGACGUGUGGUGGAUGAUCCACGAUGGUGGCUUCCUGAUCCUCCUCUCCUGGCUCCUGACACAGCAUCGCAACUGGAGACAGAGCCAAAUCCGUGUAUUUACGCUUGCGGAGGAUGUGUCGGAGGAGAAGGCGAAGGCUGCCGGUGAGUUCCUCUCCAGGACUCUCCGGGAGCGGCGCUUGUUCGACGUCGAAGUGGAAGUGAUCUUGGCAGACGAUGCCAUGAUCCAGCCCUACACUUACGAUUGGACCUGGCGCGUGGAGGGCCGGCACCAAUUCCUCUCCUCCCUCCGCGUGGCGCCGGCUGCAGCAGAGUCUAUCCCGCUGGAAAUCGACGACCUGUUCGUGGUGGAUGAGAACUCGUGUGUCAGUGCUGAUCCUCGGGACCCUCCCUGCUCCAGUACAUCUUCGCGAAGCGUGGAUAGUAGAUGCGGCGAUCCAGAAGACAGCCAGCCUGGAAAUGUGCUGGUCAGCGACUGCCGCACCGACCGUUCCGCGAAGGAGACCGGGCAUGUCAUGCGAAAUCGGUGCCACACGCGAGUGAGCCAGCCGCCUCUUCCCAUGUGUGCACGACUUCCUCCGGCGCCCGAGUUCACAAAUCUCGAGUCGUGCGCAAGGCUGAACCAGGUGGUGCUCUCACGGUCCAGUGAAGCAGAUCUCGUUGUCCUGAAUCUUCCGGACCAGUGGGGGACGGAGGCUCACAAAGCGCGCGCCUUCAUGACCUACUGCAACACUCUCACAGCAGGCCUGAGGCACGUGAUGUUCGUGCACUCCAGCGGUCAUGAGGCCGACAGCUGGUUUCAGAAAACUCGCCAGGGUGCCCUCCACCCCGAGCUGCAAGGACUGAGGCCCGACCGUGCAAGCUUCGACGUCAUGAUCCAAGGAUGUGCCAAGGUGGACGACCUCACGCGCGCCGAGCGAUACCUCAUCGACCUACUGGAGCGAACCAGUGAUCGGCCGCACCGCAACUCCUUCCGUCAGGCCAGGCCUUGGUUGAAGCGUGGGCGAUCUAUGGAACGCGAGGGAGUCAAGUUUGUCUGGCUCACUUGGCCUGAAAUGCCUUGUGACUUGGUGUAA